GAGACAGUUUGUGUCCUGUUCAUCAUUUUAUAUAUAAACAAGGCCUUGCAAGUUGAAGUGAAAACUUCUCUUGAAAUAACUGUUUUUUAGUAGGCCCUUGAAAGAAAUGUAAAAAUGUUUGGUGAAUCCUGUGAAUGAAAGGACAUAUCAUGCAUAAUGCUUUUCUGUCAAAAGGAAAUUAAUAUGAAACAGAUAAAGACAUGAGUAAGUAUCAAAUUGGCUUUCCAUCAAUACACAAAUAAAAAUAGUAGUCAGUGCCAUAGGUUGCUCAUCAUUAUCAUGUUACAUAUAAGAGCUUGUAAUAUGAGGUGUCUCUGUAAUGCUCUUAAAUGAUUUUCACUUGUGAGUAUUUCACAUUUUGAUUGAAAAAUUAUGUUUUUAUUGUGAAAAUAUUGGCUCAUAGCAAAAAACCCAAGGGAACUGUUAUAGUCAUAUACUGUAGUCUAAACUAAUGCAGUCUAAACUGUAGUCUAAAAGAAAUGUCCAGCUCUUUGGUGUUUUUUAAGCAAUUGCUCUCAGUAGCUCUAAUCAACCAGAAGCAGCUGCAAAAAACUCUGAUAUAUCUUCUGAACACUUCCUGACCAACAAACGACAGAAUUCAACACAACCUAGUUUUUAUGCUGACAUGUCAAUAGCCAACUGGUUCAUUUGCAAUUCUGACUAAAGCAUUCCGCUGGGACUGACAGGAUCCAACACUAUAAGAUCCACAGGGGAAGAGGAAGAGGAGACAAAAAGAAUACAAUAUUAUUAUAUUGACCAUUUUGCUGUUUUGAGCGUUGUGUGUCAGCCAUGAAGAGCAUACAACAGAGACACCUUUGCUUGACCCUGGUUUGUUUCUUCUUGAUUUCUUCUUUGCCUGCUGCAGGUUCUUCAAUCAGAUUAACUGGGUCUGGGUCUACUCAUUGCUCUGGAAGAGUUGAAAUCUUGCACAGUGGUUAUUGGGGAACAGUGUGUGAUGAUAAGUGGGAUUUAAGUGAAGCUGAUGUGGUGUGCAGACAGCUGAACUGUGGGACAGCACUGAGUGCUCCCCAUGAGGCCUUUUUUGGUGAAGGAACUGGUCAAAUUUUGCUUGAUGAGGUGGACUGUUCAGGAAGGGAAACUUCUCUUAUCGAGUGUCUGGCCAGAGAAAUGGGAAGACACGACUGUAAUCACAAUGAGGACGCUGGUGUGAUCUGUUCUGAAAGCCUCACAAAGCCAACCAUCUCCAUGAAUCCUGUUGGGGAGCUAAACUUGGAUCAGAGUGUCAACAUCACUUGUUCAAUCUCGACUCGGAUUUAUGAUGGAACGUUUUACUUGAGGAAGAUCCCAGGUCAUUCCAAAAUGACCGAACGGCCAAAUACAAAUUCUGUCACCUUCAAUAUCCAUAGAAUGAGCUUCGAUGAUGAGGGAUUGUACGCGUGUCAGUUCAAGAAAAGUGUCUCUGGUCAAGUCUUUAGGUCCCCCCGAAGUGACACUGUGAGUCUCUCUAUCGCUGUGAGACUGCAACAGCCGAGUAUCUCUCUCACAUCUCCUAACAGAGGGCUGGUCUGGAGUCCUGAAGGUGCAGAGGUCACCAGGGGUUACAGAUUUAUCUUCAUCUGCUCCAUUAACAGCAGCUACUCUGAGGGCCAAUUCUUUCUCAUCUCCUCUGACUCAACCAUUGUUGCCACCAAGCCUGCAAUCAACCACUCGGCCUCCUUUGACUUCCCUGUAGCUGAGUAUAAACACCAGGGCAACUACAGCUGUGUGUAUGAGGUCGAACUGUCUACAAGGAGAUUUAAUUCUACUGAAACAGGAGCAAUCAGGGUUGUUAUUAAAUUGCCUCUCUAUAAUGUGCCUCUGGUGUCCUCAGUAACUGCUGGGAUCCUCCUGUUGCUGUUUGUAGUGCUUUUGGUGAUCUGUCUGCUCUGCAAAAGAGGACGAAAAGCCAAGCAGCCAGGAACCCUGGUCCAAACUCAAUUGGCUGCCAGAGUGGGGAGUUGUCAUGAAGAUGAUAGAGAGGACUAUGUGAAUGUUUGUUCAGUUGACACCGAGAAGAAUCUGAAAGAGGAAACGGUGAGAGUGGAAGAAGAGAAUAUAUAUGAGGAGCCAGAGAGAUACAAGGGCCAUGAUUGUGAUGAAGUGGCCCCAGAUUCAAUCUUGAGAAAGACCAACGAAGUCUUUUUCAGACAAGAAAGAGAAGAACGACAAGAAGAAACCAGUGAAGUUGAAGAUUACUAUGACAGUGUAAUCCAGCCAUUUAAUGAACCAACUUUAGACAUCUAUGAAAAACAGGAGGAUAUUUAUCUAGACCUUUAGGUGUCAGAAUGAUUUAAAAUGGCAAAAGUACUGGACCUUUGACCCAUGGCAAACAGUUUUAUCAAGUAUAAAAACAAUUAAAAUCUUAAAGUGUGAACCGAUCAAGUGGACAGUGAAGACACGUGUUACAUUAUGCCUAAGAUAUAUUACCUUGUUCUCCUCCUUAUUCAUUCUAUCCACAUAAUUUUGCUUUAAAUCUAGAAAAUCAUAACACCAUUUCAAUUUGUAAAAAAAUGAAUACUACUG